UGAGGAAAAUUGAUAAAUCCUAAAUCUUUGUGUUAACCUUGUGCAGUGUUCCGUGUGUACCAGCCUUAACUAUUGUAAUACGAAACAGAAUGAAGGCAGAUGUUAAAUGCAUUGGUAUGUGUAUGGACAGUGUAAGGUUGCAGACUCGCAGGGAAGUGCGUUAGAAGUAGUUUUGAGCUGUAAUUUGCGUUAAAAGUGAGUUUAUUGUUCAAAAACGAUGUUAAGAAUGGCAUUUUAGCAUAACGAAUUGGGGACGAAAUAUUUCAUCGUUUUAGAAGCAGUGAGAACGCUGGAAAAAUAAUGUACAUUAAAUUGUGACGAACAAAAAAUAUAUGAACAACUUAUAACGUUAGUUUCUGUUACAAAAGCUACUUAUUCUUCAUGUUAUGUCAUGAAAAUGUUCAAUUUGAAGCGUAACAAAAUGCUUUAUGACAGUGUUCAUUUCAUAUGUGAGAUUUUAAAUGUAUCGUACGUAUCGAGUUUUAAAAAAUAAACGAAACGAGUGAAGAAACCACCGACCACAAAUGGAGGAUUCAUAUACUGUGAAUAGCGCGCACAGACUAUCUGAGAGGUCUGCAUGCAAAACUGUCGUUGGCAAAGUAAAAUGCCUUAAAGAUUGUUCAAUUAUCGAAGAAAGUGAAAUAAACAAUCGAAUUAUGACAAACUAUUUGAACAAAGUUUCGGCAGAAGUGACCUACUCUUCCGCACACGUAAUUGAAUUCUACAAGUUCCUGACAAGAAAUUCCGGAAGGAGACGAAUGUAUUUGCUAUUUAAAAAACUAUACCAGAGAUCCGUGUAUUGUGUUGUUGUGUUUUUAAUUGUAAGCUCUAUUUUUCCAAUGACAGAUGCUUGUUCGAGUAGAACGACACCAAAGCCUCGGCCACCCAGUCCGACACCAAGACCAAAUAUAACGUUCCAUACAUAUAAAUGUCCUCCAGCUUAUGCGGCUUGGUAUUGUCUUAACGAUGCUACCUGUUUUACUGUUAAGAUUGGAGAUUCGUUGCUGUACAACUGCGAAUGUGCUGAUGGAUACAUGGGACCUCGUUGCGAAUACAAGGAUUUAGAUGGUUCAUAUUUGCCCACUCGUCCACGAGUUAUGCUGGAAACAGCCAGUAUAGCAAGUGGUGCCAUCGGAUCUUUAGUCUUAAUCAUGAUUGGAUGGUGCUGUUGGUGUGUUCGAAGACAUCAGCAACGUAAAUUGGUCAGUAAAGAACAUAGCGUCGACACUGUCGAUUCCCCAGGUAUUGUACACGUUGUCCAUAGCGAAAGGUUGCUUCGUCCAUUCGGGACACACCAUCUUAAAACAAUUCCUAUGAGUGAUUCAUUUAAGUGAUAAAAAAUUGCAUGAGAUUCAGUAAAUCGACAAAAUAAAAAUCAAAACAGCAAGGCAAAUUACAGGCAUGACCACAAAAUAAUCAUAAAGACACUUAAAAAUAGAAAGCUUGCAUUACAAAAGUAUUUACAUGGAGCCGUUUUAUGAUAAUAAUUGUUUGUGCUUGGUAUUUCAGGAUUUAGCUCUUUCGUUAAUUUGUCUGAUAGAAUGUAAAAACUAUUUUGAUUUGAGAGCAAAAUACCAAAUGUACCUAGUUUUCUUGUUCACACGAUUAAAGAAUGUAAUAUACCAAUUUUAAUAAAGGUACGAAAGUAUUUUGAGUUAUUCAAAUUAAAUAGUAGACGCAAUUUUCUACUUAGUCUCUUCAUCAUACAGAUAACAAAUUAUGUUUCAAGUAACGCAAAAAAGUUAUCUAUUACUAUUAUAUUGCAUUUGCGUAUUUUCAAUUCCACAAUGUAGAAUAAAAUCCGUAGACUUAUCUUUUACGCACAAAUUGUUUUCACAUGUUAUUUGAUGGCUCAAUAAUAGUUUCAUCAAAUCGAUGUAUACAUUUUAAAAAUAACAUUCUUUGACCCGAUUUUUUGUUGUCAUUAUCUUUUGUGGUGCCCAUUGGUUAACUUUCUUGAAUAGUUUCAUAUUUAUUUCAUAUUUAUUGCGUUACAAUAAAUUAAAAUGGCAACAUUUUUUUUCCAUAGAGUAAAAUUGUUGUCACAGGCGCCUUAUGCAAAAAUGGGAUAUGACUAUGAAUAAUGAAUCUUAUUGGAUUUAUUUUAUUAAGGAAUGUAUUUAAGUUAUGAAGUGAUUAGAAAUAGUGUAAGAUGAAAAUGGUUAUGACAAAUAUUAACAUUGAGGCAGAGGUUACGUAAGGAAUAGAAAAACAAAAUGGAAGAAUGCAAGUAUUUUUUUAAUACAGCCGAGUCUAAUUUUUAAACUUUAAAAAAUUCAUCUAGCAUACACAUUAAAAUUAUCAAAAAUUUGAAUUUAUUUAUGUUUAGCAAACAUUUACUCGUGAAAAAUAAUAAAAUAUGUAAAGACAGAAAUAACACUCACAAUAAAACAAUAUCAUUUCAUUUAUUUUUCUAUAUCUGAAUACUAACGAAAUUUAAAUAAACGGCAAACAGAAGAACAGAAUAGAAAUGAAAAGCGAAUACGAAUGAUUUUAAGGUUGCAUGUUAUCUAUAACAAUUGUUUAUUUAGUUAUGUUAAGGGAACUUAUAUUGAACUCUGAAACAAACAACGAUUUUUACAAAAAUAAGAUGACGAAUUAUGGUAAACAUUCAAUAGCUAUACUUUUGAAAAAAGUUGAUUUAAAAUGGAAGUUUUAGAAUAUGCAACGAUACUGAAAUACAUACACAUUGCACUUAACACUGCCAAUUUAAAAAAAAAUGAAAGGGCUUAGCGCAUAGCAUAGGUCGCCUUAUAAAAUGAAGUUUUUUUUAAAGAUAAUAUGCGCCUGAUAAACAUGCAAUAAUCAAGUAUCCUGGAACGAAGCGCGUAAAGAAGACGUUAAUAUACCGUAUUGUAUAUAACAUUUUAUAUACUUAUCGUAUCACGAAAGUGUCUUAAAAUGAACGCAAAUGUACAUAUGCCUUUUAAUUUAUAGUUUUUAUAAUACAAUAAAUAUAUUAUUUAAAAAAGAUAAACACAAAAAUAUAGAGUUUUAAUCCUCUAGACAACCCGUAUUUCUAAGGUUUACAUGAUUAUGUCUAUUGUUUUCGAAAUUAUUUUAAAUGCAGUUCAAAAUGUUUCUUAGCAUCUUAAUAUCUAUUUCAAUAAGUAACGCUUAAUUAAUAUAUUAUUUUAGGUUUCUUAUUUAUAAUCUAUUGUAAUAUACUCCGAGCUUUAAUGAAUCAAAAAGAAAUGUUGCUGCUAAACCGAAUGCAACUUGAAGAUAAAAUUGCAUAAAAAUAAAACUACUUACAAAAAUA